UUCACAUUUCGUCCUAGUCUAUCAGUCUAACUGCUUGCUUGACAAGUGGUUCAGUUUUACACUGGAAUGUUUCGGCAUUUAAAACGGUUAUCUUUAAAUUGAAACGAAGCAGUAGCUGUAAAGUACUCCAGGAAAUGAACGUAUUAUAUUUAUUAUCGAGACAGUUGUGAAGUUAAUUUUAGUGUUUCGGGCAAAUUUUUUAUAUGCUUUUUUAUGCGCUGUUUAUCAAGUGUUCAUAGAUAUUGGAUUAAUAAACUUAACUUUUCCCGGAUUUUAUACUCACCGUUAGUUCACUUGACAAGACUUUAAUGAUAUUCGUGGUGAUAUAAAUUUCAAUAGCAGUAAUUGGUAGUAUUUAAGACGUAUUUGAGUAACGUUGUUUUUUUCUUGCCUGAUCUAUUCGACAGACGUGCUGAGCCGGAAUGUAGAGUGGGUAUUAUAGUGGGUUUAAGGAUAGUUUACAACGCGUGACUACUGUCAUUAUUUACGGGUCGUGUGCUCGUAAUAUACCCAUAUUUGCAUACUCUUUCCUGUAUUGACAGUAGCGUAAAAUCGGAACAUGAAAACCAAGAAAUAAUAUCUGUUUUUGUGGUCUCUAGAUAAAACCUCUAGUGUCAUAUUUAUAAGUAUAUUUUACAUGCACUCUACAAAAUAUAUAUUUUGGGAAUUUACGGUUCAUUUGGAAAUUACAUUGUGUGUGGUGAUGUUAAGCUUACUGGAUUAAAUAUUUUAUUAUAAAAAGGUUGCACAGCACCACGUUUAAUUACAGAAUAUUGGAUUUAAAAAACUCAACAAAAAGCUAGUUUUAUCGUUAGAGAUUCGUUUGACGGAGGGAUGAAUUGAUUGAAUGGGUACGUGACAACUGAACAUGGGUAGCAUGACGACAUAAACUAACUUUGAUUCUAACAUGGAUGGAAUAGACAUAGCAAGUCACUGAGUCGGCAAAAAAAAAAAAAUGAAGCCUCCUCAAGUGUUUGGCACACUUUCAGUGUUUUGGAUUUUACAUUCCGUGAACGGAGACAUUCUGAUCAGCAAGCCACUGCCUAAAAGUAUCAUCGCUGAUCAGGGUAAAGAUGUCCGAAUUUCUUGUGGAGUUAAGGUACCGGAACACCUUAAUGAGGAAAAAAUGCGUAUACGAUGGAAACACAAUGGUCACUAUAUUCACGAUAAAGAUCAUUCGGAUAAAUACACUAUAGAAGAUGGGGAACAGACGCUUCUUAUAUCAAACGUAGAAGGGAGUAAUGCGGGUGUAUACUCGUGUGUGGUAAUCAUCGACCAUGCACGAGAUCUAGCAAGCGGCAAGCUUAUAGUUAGAGAGCCACCUGAUGCCCCGCGAGAAGUUUCCAUUAUAUCGUGUUCGGGUAACCAGGUCGAACUAAUAUGGAAAAAGGGGGAGGACGGUGGGGCGGAGAUUACUCAUUACCUAGUGCAAUUUAAUACCUCAGAAAGUCCGGAUAAUUGGAUGUAUUACUAUGAUGAAAUUCCGGGCGAAGUUGAAACGACUUAUAUGAAUUUGUCUCCGUGGGGAACUUAUAGUUUUAGACUUUUAGCAAAAAAUGACGUAGGAUUUAGUAAACCUAGUGAGCCAACGAAACAGCAGUGCACAACGCCCCCUGAAAGACCUGGGGGAAACCCGAAAGACGUUAGAACUUUAACUCAUAAAAUGGGAAAGUUAAUAGUUACUUGGACGCCAAUGGCAAGAUUGCUUCAUAAUGGCCCAGGUUUUAAAUACGCCAUUUUCUGGCGGCGGAAAGGGAGCACUUACUGGAACAAAAAUAUCGUGGAAAAUUCAAAUGCCAAAAUGUGGGAAGUGAGUGUGAAUGACACGUAUACGCUGUAUGAGAUAAAGGUGAAGGCCAUGAACCAAAUAGGAGAUUCCCGGCAGCCUGCCUUUAUUUAUCUCGGGUAUUCUGGAGAGGGAGAACCGACUGUGAUACCAAAAGACUUCCGGUUGGACCGGACGAAGCAAGUAGAAGCACAUAAAGCCCAUUUUAUCUGGGAGGCUGUCGAUACCGCAGAGGGCAAAAUACAAGGCGAAUUUAGGGGUUAUAAGUUGCGAUAUUGGAAGUCAAGUGAGGGUCGUCACAAAUGGAAAGAAGUAGAUAUAUUAAUAACAAAAGCUGACCACGGGAGACUCAAUGUGAGGGCAGCUAUAGAUGACCUGCCAGCAUAUACGGCUCUCAGGGCACAGGUCUCUGUGAUGAACACCCACUAUACUGGGCCUCCCAGCCAAACAAUUGACUUCACUACUCCAGAGGGAGUUCCAGACCCAGUGCGAGAUUUGCGUAUUGAGGCGCAUGGGACAACAUACGCACUGUUAAAAUGGCUGCCGCCAGAGGAACCAAACGGACUGUUGCUAGGAUACGAUAUUGGUUACCAGCAGAUCAAUGAGGAAGUAAAAGGUCCCAAACGGCAGUUGCGGCCACAGAUUGAUAGUCCCGAUACUCUUGGUGCCAGAAUAACCGGUUUAUCAUCUAAUCAUGACUAUCGGUUCUACGUGUAUGCUCGAACUAAGAUGGGAAGAGGAGAGGAAUCAUAUAUUGAUGUUAAAACAAAAGACGGUGAACCACCAGAUACCCCACAACCAAAGUUUAUGACCUUGGAUCAAACUAGUGUCAAUAUUACUUGGACACCAUAUAGGCUCAUAGACGUCAGUUAUGUCCUUGAAUAUAGGCUAGCAGGGCAAGCCCACUGGAGUGUGGCCAAUUCAGAAUGGGGUCGAUCAUGGAUGGUUAUAAAUGAUUUAAUGCCAGAUAUGGAAUAUGAAGUGAGACUAAAAGCUAAAAAUAAAUAUGGUGACACAGCAUCUAGUACCUUAUACAGGGUCAAAACGCAGCCUAGACAAGGACGAGAUGCUCAUCUUUACCAGCAAGAUGAACCACCAAACUCGGGCAGUGCUUUCAGUGGGGCCUCAACACUUUAUAAAUCUUUAUCAAGCUAUAUAACAAGAACUACAAUGUUACAAACAAGUCUGUAUCUAGUCAUUGUAAAUUUAUUGUUACAUUAAACUGCCAAAAAAACAAAUAAUGACUAAGGGAGGUUACUCAAAUACAAUGAAAUAAUGGUGAUAUAGUGAUUACUCUCCCUUUACAAGUGGAAAAUAGGCAGAGCAGAGAAAUCAUAUAUCUGUAUCCAUUCCGGAAUGGGAUUUCUGUUAUUCAUUGUGACUGUGAGAGGAAAAAGAGAUGUAAAAAUUCAUUUGAGAUGGUACAUUGCAACCAAGAAUAUUUGUUACAGAAUUUCCUCAUUUGUUCCAGAUACAGCGCUUGUGACAAUAAAGGUUGUCAAAAAACAAUGAUGUGAUUUGAAGACAAACGCAUUAACAAAAUGCGGAAUCAUACACCAAAAUAAAAACAAAACUGACCUGUUUCAAAAAAGUGAAAGUGAUAUAUCUCACUAGUACAAAGUUUUGUUCAUUGUUCUUUCCAACACAUGUAGUAUAAAAAAUCAUUCCAUUAUAUUCAACCAGACUUGAGGAAUUUUCGCAUGUUGUUCUUGAGAAUCAAAAAAAGAGACAUCUAUGUACAGAUGAAAUAGAAGACGAAUUUCAUGGAAAAUACAGGUGAAAUUUAGAGAUUUUGGGUGAAGAUGAAUACUCAGAAACCUUGAGAUUUUAAGUAAACCAAGGUUGUGACAUGUAGAUGAGUAGAACUUUUUAUCAUACAUAAAGGUUGUGAAACUAAAGAUUCCCUAUUUUUGUCAAAAAAAAAAAAUGUUUUGUUAAUCAUGUUGUGCUGUGAAUGAAAUUUUUAUGUUUUGUUUUUAGCUGACAGCUGAUAUUACUACUGAAAGUGUGAGAAAAUGAGUAGAAUGUUAUAGUUUCAUUCUGUAGGAAUGAUGACUUCAUUCCUUGAAAAUCGUAUUUGUUUUCAAAACCUUUCCAUCUAAGCUAUAGAGAUGUAGGCUCUAAAUUUGGCUGCAGUUUUCAUUUUGAAAAUUAAAGAUUUCUUAAGGUAGUUCUACCGGUUUGAUAAAUUGGAAUUCAUUGUGUAACAUUGUUUAUUUGGAUAACAGUAUAAAACAUGGACCUGGCAUUUGGAAAGGAAAAUCAGCCUAAAUAUAAUUGUCAUCUCAUGAGUUCAUUUAUAAAAACGGCAAUGUUACGUUCCUUUUAGAGAUAAAAAAUAUUGACACAUCUAAUAACCAUCCAGACAUUUAUUUGACCAUGGAAUAGAUAAUAUGUUGAUUUACAACUAUGACAAGUUUCAUUAAAAUCAACAUUAUAGAACAUUUUCUGUUUGUUCAAAUGUCAUCAAAAAUGUGACAAGGUCCUAUCUUUUUUUAUUUGUUGGAUGUUUAAAGACAAAUCUAGAGCCUAAAUCAAAUUCUGCAUGGUAAAAAAUGUUUGGUUGAACGUGCAGAAUUAAUUUAAUACUUUUUCGACAAAUGUAGUUUCCUUUGUUGGAAUAUCGUUACGUAUUUAAGACUUUCCUGGAACACACAGGGUAUUUUCUAAUGGAAAUUUUGCUCCUGGAUGCUUACUUUCAUGGGUGCCAGUUGUUGACAUGUUUGUUAAAUCCAUUAUAGAGAAUAUAGUCAGAUAUUCAUUAUGCACUAGAUUCUAAAACUGAUGUUGGAGACCAGUCAAGAAAUUCUGAUAUUUGAUUGGCUAUUUAAGAUCACAGUCGCGAAAUUGACCAUUGACAAGGCUGAGUUUAAAGACUGGUCUCCAUACAGACUUAUAAUCUUGGAACCCAGAUAUGCCUGCAAUUAACUGUUUUGAUCAAAUUUUGAAUGUGGUAAAAAUUGCAGAAUCCAAACUCAUGUGUAAACGGCGUUAGUCCAGAACAGACAUAAUUUGUUUUUAUAAAUACUCAUAUUUUUAUUUUCAUUUUUUUAAAUCAGAUUAUAAUACUCUAUGUACUCUAUUUGUACAGUAUAUUUUUCAUGUGCCAUAUUUCUUGUAUGUAGAAACUGCUAUAUUCCCCUCAAAUCACAUCUUGCCACAAUAUCAAUGAGAUUUAUGUCCCAACGAUGCUUUGGAAAAUGUUUUUUCAUACUAAUGAUCGUUAGCUUUCAAAUUUUAAGUAUGUCUACUUUUGUUGUUCAUUUUUUGAAUGGAGGAAAUUUGGAAUGAUGUUUUUUUUGUUACAUUUUUCAAUUAAAAAUUUAAACAAUUCAACAUUUCUUACAUCCUUAUAAAUCUAAUUAUCAGGGACCAAUGGUGAAUAAGUAGCGUUUUGCGUUAUUUUCUUUUACUCGGGCAAGCAUACAUAACUGAAAAAUUAAAGCUAUGAAAACAUAAAGCUGCCAAAACCCUUAUAACACCUAUUUUCAUGAGUAGUUCUUUUCCAUGGCCUUAUUUCUUAAUUAUUGUUCAUUAGAAUGCACAAAAUCCUUCAAAGAAUUAUAUUUACCAGUUUAAUACAAGUUCUCAAAGGAAGUGCAAACAAGAGCUGUCACUAUUAGUGCAAAUGCCCCCGAAGCAUGCCCAAGAAUGCUACAGUUGUCUGCUCAAAAUAAAUAAAAAUCUAAAUAAUUAUAUUGACCUUGACCUGAGAGACCCGGAUCAUGCACAUAGCAUAUUCUCAGGCUAAAAUAGUUAUUUGCACAAAAUGACUUCUAAAUCCAUAUAUAUAACAAAAACAAAAAUAAUGACUGCAUGCAGAAAACAAUAUGUCAGAUUGUGACCUUGACCUUGACCCAAGAGAUCCGGGUCAUUGAUACGACACACCCUUGGGAUUAGAUGAGCAUUUGUGCAAACUUAUUUCAAAAUCCCUCCAUGUGCCAAAAUGAUAUGGACCGGGCACGAAAAAAAUCACACAAUUUGUGACCUUAACUUUGAACCGAGAGACCUGGAUCAUAAGCGCAACGCAACACACCUCAAUAUGGUUAAUAUUUGUGUCUAAUUAUUUUCAAAUCCCCUAUGAAUGUUGAGGUUACAGCCCGGGCAAGAAUUUACAUGGACGCACAGGGGCAUAAAACUUUUCAUUUAUCAAUUUGGUAAUUCAAAACGAUACUUUUUUUCUAUGCUGCAAGCUGUUAACUAGCACUAAAUUCAGCUUUUUUUGUUUUUACAUAGCUUGAAUUAGAACUGUUUAUGUGUUUAAAUGAUCUCAUUUGUUGUGAAAAAAAUAAAAUCAGUUUUCAUGGAAUCUCAAAUACAGUAGAUUUGCAAUGGUUCCGUUGUGUGCAUGUUUGUCCUACUUUACAUUGGUUCCCUGUGUAGCUGUAGGUUUAUAUGUGGUUCUUUUUUUCCUGUGUUACAUUGGUUCCACAUUUAGAUGUUGGUAUACAUUGGUUCCGUUUUCACAUUGGUUCCACAAGUAGUUGUAGGUAUACACCAGUUCCAUGUUACCUGUCCCCCACCCCCCACCAUUUCCCCCAUUUUUACAUUUGUUCCACAUUAAGCUAUAGGCUGUUACUGGUUUUAUGUUUGUCUUAGUUUUACACUUGUCCCAUGUAACUAUAGGUAUCCAGUAACCCUAUGUUUGUUUAAGGUCUAUAUAUAGAUUUAGUUUUAAUUUGUUCUAUUUAUAGACAAAAAUUUACAUUGGUGCCAGGCUUGGUUUAGUAAUAUAUUUAUUCUUUGUUCGGUUGGCAUUGCACUGGUUCCAGGUGUUUUAGAUAGAUAUAUAAUUAUGCCUACAUCACAUUUUUUAAAAACAGUUUUUAUGAUUAUGCAAAAAUAUUCUUCCUAUGUACAAUUCAGCCAAUGAAACAAAGUAACAAGGUUACCCUUUUAUCAGAAAAAAAAGUUGAAGUUAAACAUCCUUAUAACAGGAACAAAGUUUGGUAAGUCUCACUACAGAAUUUGGUAGAUUUGUGAAACCAUGUUGGGCUUACAAAACUUUGUUCUUGUUAUAAGGAUGUUUUUGGUGUUGAUUGUUUGCUCUGAUCUUCUUUAACCUUGCUUUCAAAAGUACUCAAGUUCAAUUUCUACUCCGUUCCCAGCUCUUCCGCGCUGAUUAAGUCUUACAUGGAAAAAAUGCAAUGUUAAAAGAAUUAGAGUCGAGUAUGUUCUAAGGUAAAAAAAAUCCAUAAAGAAAAUCGAAAUGUUUUUAUUUCGAUGUAAACGAGAUGUGAAACCAAAAUUUGUAGUCCUGUUUGGUGCCAUAUAACCUAUACUGUGUUGGUGCGCUGUAAAACCCAAAUAAAUAAUAAAUACCGGUAAAUGGUUAAAUUCAUCAAUUUGUACUAGAUUCACUCUCUUAUAUUGCAAGAUCAGCAUAAAUUUCAAAAUGGUGUCCAUGGGAGGUAAUUUAUGCUAUUUGAAUUCCCUCUGUUAAGUAGCGCACUUGUUCACCUUCACUUUACCUUGUAUAUGCCUAGGAUAUGCUGAAUAGACCUCUGCAACACAAAGAAUACUUUUUUUUUUUAAAGUCUGUUCCACUUAAUAUUGAAUGUUUUGCCUGUUAAGUUCUAUGCUAUGUUAUGCCAUUUGUUUAAUUCAAUUUCUUUAGGUAUUCCCUUCAUUUAAAAAAAAGAAAAGAAUUUUCAAAUCAAAAAUGAUAAUGUGGUUGUUUUUUGAGGGUUUUUUUGCACUGGGUCCAUAGUGCAGCAAUGGCAACAACCAGUGAGAUAAUUUUUGUCAUUCACCAAUAAGGUUACAGAAUUAAUAUAUUUUGCUUGUAUGCAGACUUUAAUUUAGUUCAACCAGUGCAAUGAGUGACAGCAUUUUCUUUGUAUCCAGUAAAAUCAUUUAGAAAACAUGUUAUGUUAGAAAUGUCCCACAUCAUGAAAGCAUUAUCUGCUCUAUGAAAUUGUUUGAUUCAGUCAGAGUUAUCACUCUAUUGCAUGUUUUCGUUUACAGAUAAUGCAUUAUUGCAUUGUUUGAACUAUUUAGAAACAUUAAGUAACUGCUGCUAAUAAAGUUCCAUUAUUCUUCCAUUCUAUCUCCAUGAUUCUUCUUUGUUUUUUCUCUUCAAAAUCUAAUUUUUUGCAUACCACAUAACUAGCCAGACUAAUCGAGGGCUGAGCGCGAAACUAUUGUAUCUUGUUCUUUAUUUAUAUACAGUUACAAUAGUUUCGCGCUCAGCCCACGCAGUGUGAUUUUAUAUGAAAAUGCAUACGUUCAUGUUGAAUUCCGUUGAUUUGUUCUUUUUUUUCAUUUGUAUUACAAGAAAUUUUCAUCAGGUUUUAUUUAGUUAAUUUGUGAUAUUAUAAAGUUGUAAUUAAUUAAUUAAUUAAUUAAUGUGUAAUUAAUUGUAAAUAUUCUGAACUAUUUUAUUUAGGGCAGAAAUCAAAAUGUUAAGUUUAUUAUAUUCUGUUUUGCCUGUAUAAUAGAUUAGAUGUACGUAUAUGUCUUGUUUCGUUGUGUUACAAAAAAUAGUCUCACCAUUGAUUGAUGGAUAUUCAUAAACUUGUGAUCGUCGCAUUAAAAAGAUAUCAUCUUUUUUCUGCAUUUUUCUUAAUACUUAUUUAAAAGGCUUCAGUAAAUUCGGACAUCAUGUCUUGAUAUUUUUUUUGGAAACAGUUCUUUUGAAAAAAGGUAUUUUUUUUACAUUGAUUGUAGAGAGAACUAUAAGAACUUGUUACAGCUGUACUCGAGUUGUUGUCAGUUCUAUAGUGUCUAAGUAAGGUACUGUCGGAUCACAGUUAUAUUCAGCUCUUGCAAAAUACUCGAAAUCCUAAAGUCAGAUGCUUUACCACGGCACCUACUUGUUUUAAAGAAGAGUUAUAUCUUGAAUUCAAACUUAAGAAAUGUUGAAAAAGUAUUAAAUAAAAAUGUACACAAGAUAUAAUGUAGGUAAUUUUUAACGCACCAGUUCUAGACAAACGUUGAUCACUAGGAUGCUACUUUUUAACAUGAUGAUGACACAGGCAUGUGUACUGAGACUCGGUUCCACUAAUUUGUUUGUUUUUAGUUGUUUAUUUCAUUAUGUAUGUAUGUAUAAAUGAAAACGUUUUAAAGGUUUUCAGAAAUCAAAAAAGAAAUUUCAUUUAAUGUUGAAAAUACACAAGUUGUCUUGUAAAAUAAAAAGACUAUUUGAUUGCAUUAGAAUUUAGCAUUUUUUUUUUUUUUUUUUGUAAUUACAAUUAAUUGAUAGAAUUCUUUAAUGAAGAUGGAAGUGUGUUGAAAACAUGGAUUCAGUUAAUUUAGACGUCAUUUUUUAAUAAAAUAUUGUUUUGGGUGACAGUCCUUUUAUUAUUUAAAUUGCUUCAGAUGCAAGGAUUUGUCACUCUGUAGGCACUAAAUAUGAGAAUGGAAUCGAAAAAAAGCUUUUUGCACGAGUGUCAUUUAGUUUGUUUCAAGAAAAUGCACAGUUAGUGAAUUUUCAUCAUGCGCAGCACAGGGACCAAAUAAAAGUUUGUUUGAAUUGUGAAAAAUUUAUUUUGACCCCAUAGUUGUAGUUAAUUACCAGUUUGUAGUUAUUCAGCAAGAAAAUUGUGUAAUGUUUUAGUCACCGUUACAUCAGUUUGUGCUUUGUGUGUUUUAAAUGGUUCUUCCAAUGACGAUACAUAGUCUUACAUCAGAUACCACAUGUUUGAAAUUCUGUAUGGCACGACAAUUAACAUAAAAUCAGCAAUUUCACAUUUUUGGCCAAAGAAAGGAUUUCAGGUUUUAAUCUUCUUAGCAGAUUUAUUGGUGCGGAUUCAAUUUUAUGUGUAAGGGAACACAUGCAUACAUGUAGGUAUCAUAUUUUCAGAGUCGAAAAACAGAAUAUAAAGGUAUUUUCACAGCUUAGCUUUACCCAUUCAAAAUGUAAAAAUAGAUGUGUAAAACCUAGAUUUUAAUUGUUAACCUUUCGGCAAUAUAAUUAUGUAGCAAUGAAAUUAGGUCCACUACACAUAUGUAUACAUGUUUAAGUAUAAAGUUGCCAUCUCUUAUGAUGCCAUUUAUCAAAUUAGCACAUAAUUUUGAUCUUCCUGUUUGAAAAUUCAUGUAUGAAUAUCAUUUGUAGAUCUGCGUUUUGUAUCGACAUAAAAAGCGACAUUGAUUUUAAGACUAUGUUUUACAUUUGUCAGAGUCAUAAAUUUUUAUACAUUUUUUUGGUCCUUCAAGUUCACAUUUAAAUAAUUUUCAUCAACAUAUACUAAAGUAUCUAUUUCCUAAAGCAGGAAAUCAUAUAUAUUACAAAUUUGCAUAAAAGGAAAACUGAAACAUUACACCCGACGGUCCUUUUUAUUGUGUCGCGUCCCAUUUCGUUGAAUAACGGAAGUAACUGAAUUGUUUCUUUGUGUUCUUGCUCUGAGCAGUGUUAGUCAGUGUAUGACUGAAAAUUACUUAGUAUAUACUUUUUCGUUUUUACUUUUGUGCAAUAUUUAACAGCCCAUGAUAGUCACAUUAUGAUGUAAAUAUUUGUACAGUAUUCCGAAUCAGCGAGUCCCGUAGGACGCUCAAUGAAAUAUUUAUUGUUAUUUUAUCAUGUGUGAAUAAAAUGUAUGAAUGUUUUAAAUUGUUUUAAUAUGUAUUUUAUUAUAAGGAAAGAUUUAACAUUUUAUGUGCAUUGAUAUAGGUUUAUUCAUAACAGACUACUAUUGUUAGUAGCACAUAUAACCAUACUAAAUUGACAAAAUCUUUCUUCCAACCUCAUUUUAAUAUUGAAAAAAAGACAAGAAGGGGGAGGGUCUAAUGAGAAAGAGAGGUACAAUUAAAUAUCACUGUCAUGGUGUUAUAAUUAUGUUAUUUACAAAAUCAUUGCAAUAUAUUAUUUUUCUUCAGUUUUCGCGACAAUCAUCAUUGGCCCAUACUUUUGGAAAAAACAUUAUCUUAGUAUGAAGAGGAAUGGCCCUAGAAAUGUUUGAAAGGGAGAUAAUUAUUGAGAGGUUAUACAUAUCCCAUAAAUAGGUAGAUCUGGGUCUCAAGAGUAAAAAAACAGAGUUUGGAAACCAGUCUCAAAACUCUAGCAUCUGAUUGGCUAUUUCUUUGCACAUAUUUGAAAUUGACCAAUGGCAAAAUGUUUUCAGAGACUGGUUUCCAAAUUCAGUUUUAUAACUUGAACAUCAUUGUAUUGUCUUAAAAAUCUUCUGUAGAUCUUUAAAAUCUUAAAAUGCAUAUAGAUGUUAUUCAAAGGGUAAUUAUUUGUGUGAAUGUAUGUGUGGUCAUGAUAUAAUUGUAUAGAUAGUUAAAUCACACAGAAUUAAUAUGAAUGAAUGAAAUAAAUUUUUAAAAUAUUCUU